AUGCGUCCAUCAUGUAAUGGCAGAGUUGGGAACAAAAGAUUCUUAUGUAAUUUGGACAAAGCCUUAUUUAAUCUGAAAUGGCUUGAUACUUUUAGUGGUUGGAAUUAUCAUGUAGCUGCAAGGGGGAUAUCUGACCAUGUGGCUGAUACUACUAUUAGUAGAGCUUUAAAUACUCCUUUCAGGUUUCAACAAAUGUGGCUGAGUCAUCCUUCCUUCUUACAAGUUGUUAUUGACUCUUGGAGUGAAGACAUUUCUGGUAAUCCCAUUUUUAUCUAUAUGAACAAAUUAAAAAGACUAAAGAAGAUUCUCAAAGAUUGGAACUGGGAAGUUUUUGGGAAUGUCCAUGACAAUCUUAAAAAUGCUGAAGAUAAGGUGAUGGAAGAAACUAUUAUUUCAGAUGCUGAUCCAACCAAUAUUUCCUUGCUGAAUAAUUUGGUUACUGCCAGAGGUAAUUAUGAAAUUGCUGCUAAUAACCUCAACACUUUCUUAAGAAAUAAGGCUAGAAUGAAUUGGAUUAAAGAUGGAGAUGCGAACUCCAAUUUCUUCCAUACUUCAAUUAAAAUGAGACAAUCUCAAAAUUCCAUCUCAGAAUUGGAAAAUGAUUCAGGUGAUAUUAUUACUACUCAACAGGGGAUCUCUGAUGUGCUUAUUGAUUACUUCAAGAAGAAAUUUGAACAUCAACUAGUUCAGAUAAAUGACUCUAUUUUUGAUGUUGUUUCUAAUAUUAUUUCUGAAGAUGACAAUGCUUUUUUGGAAGAUUGUCCAAAUGAAGAGGAAAUUAAGAGAGUUGUUUUUAAUCUGAAUGUUGAUAGUGCACCAGGCCCAGAUGGUUUCACUGGAGCUUUUUACAGAGCAACUUGGGAAAUCAAUAAAGACAACUUAGUGGAUGCCAUUCAAUUUGCUGGAGAAGCAACACUAUUCCUAGUGGUAUGA